AUGCGCAUUCCGGUAGAUCCGAGCACCAGCCGCAGGUUCAGUCCGCCGUCCAGCAGCCUUCAGCCGGUGGCGGGGAAGAUGGGCGAUGCGCAGCAGGAGCAGAACGCGGCGGUGCCGAGGCUCAGACAGCACGACAACCGAACCAUGGUGGAGAUCAUCGCGGACCACCCCGCCGAGCUCGUGCGCACGGACAGCCCGAACUUUCUGUGCUCGGUGCUGCCGUCUCACUGGAGGUGUAACAAAACUCUCCCCGUGGCGUUCAAGGUUGUAGCUUUGGGAGAUGUUCCUGAUGGCACCGUGGUAACAGUGAUGGCAGGAAAUGAUGAGAACUACUCAGCAGAACUCCGCAACGCUUCCGCUGUCAUGAAGAAUCAGGUGGCGCGUUUCAACGACCUGAGAUUUGUUGGCAGAAGCGGACGAGGAAAGAGCUUCAUGCUGACAAUCACAGUAUUCACGAAUCCACCCCAAGUGGCGACUUACCACCGCGCCAUAAAGGUCACUGUGGACGGACCACGCGAGCCACGAAGGCACAGACAGAAACUGGAGGACCCCCCUAAACCGCCGCUGUUCUCCGAGCGUCUGAGCGAGUUAGAGCGUUUACGCCAGAGCAGCAUGAGGGUAUCUGUCCAAACCCAGAGUCCCCGUCCGACUCUCAACGCCACGCAGAACUCCUUCAACCCACAAGGGCAAACUCAGAUCUCAGAUCCUAGGCAGGCACAAUCAUCUCCACCCUGGUCGUACGAGCAGCCCUACACCCCAUACCUGAGCCAAAUGACUUCGCCCUCCAUCCACUCCACCACCCCGCUGUCCUCCACCCGCGCCACAGGCCUGCCCUCCAUCAGCGAUGUGCCGAGACGUCUCUCAGGUACGUCGGAUCUAAGCCCAUUUUCAACCGACCCACGUCAGUUCGAGAGGCCGUUUGCGGGCAUCCCCUCCCUCACGGACAGCCGUUUCUCAAGUCCCAGAAUGCACUAUCCUGCAACGUUCACGUACACCCCCACACCGGUCACCUCCGGCAUGUCUUUGGGCAUGUCUGCGACCACCCACUACCACACCUAUCUGCCUCCACCCUACCCUGGCUCCACCCAAAACCAAAGCGGGCCCUUCCAGACCAGCAGCACGCCCUAUCUCUACUAUGGAGCUUCAUCUGGAUCGUACCAAUUCUCAAUGGUUCCGGGGGGAGACAGAUCCCCCUCCAGGAUGCUGCCACCUUGCACUAGUGCUUCUACGGGCAGCACCCUAAUCAACCCCAACCUGCCCAAUCAGGCAGACGGAGGCGAGGCGGAUGGGAGCCACAGCAGCUCGCCCACCGUGCUCAACUCCAACGGCCGGAUAGACGAAUCCGUUUGGCGGCCAUAUUGAGAAGGUCCAGUUGAAUGUGACCUCAACACAGCACUGUUAGCCUUAAGAACGUAGUGCGAGAGAUAUUUGCAUUUGUAAGCAUCAAGGGAAUUCGUUUCGGAAGCACAAACUCUUGUGAGGAAUAAUGGUACACCCGUUGGUACAAAGGUACUUAAUGUUGAA